AUGCAUAGUUAUUUCAUGAAGAUGAAAGCUGACAAUUCUGACUUCUUUUUUGCCAUGGAUUUGGAUGAUAAGGGUCGAUUGAGGAAUGUAUUCUGGGCUGAUGCAAGGAGUAGGGCGGCUUAUAAGGAAUUUGGUGAUGUUGUGACAUUUGACACAACAUACUUGGUAAACAAGUAUGACAUGCCUUUUGCUCCAUUUGUAGGCGUCAAUCAUCAUGGUCAAUCGGUAUUAUUGGGAUGUGGACUCAUAUCUCAUGAAGACACCAAGUCAUUCUCAUGGUUAUUUAAGACUUGGAUGACGUGCAUGUGGGGUUGUGCUCCUAAAGCAAUUAUUACCGAUCAAUGUAUAGCCAUGAAGAAUGCUAUAGAAGACGUAUUUUCUAACACCCGACACCGGUGGUGCAUAUGGCAUAUCUUGAAAAAGGUGCCAGAAAAGUUAGGAAAGUACGAUGCAUAUAAAUCAAUUUCACCUUCUUUGCACAGUGUGGUUUAUGAUUCACUUACAAAAGAUGAAUUUGAGGAUGCUUGGGAGGUGUUUAUCAAAAAGUACGAACUUCAAGAUAAUGAAUGGUUACAUGGAUUGUACUUAGAGAGGAACCGAUGGGUGCCGGCUUUUGUGAAAGAUGUAUUUUGGGCGGGAAUGUCAUCCACACAAAGAAGUGAGAGCAUGAAUUCUUAUUUUGACGAUUACAUCAAUUCGAAAACGACCUUGAAGCAAUUUGUCGAGCAAUAUGAGAAUGCAUUGGCGAGAAAGGUAGACAAUGAAAAAAAUGAAGAUACGAAAAGUUCGCAAUCUUACAUCCCAUGCAUAAUUGAAGAUGGGGAUGAUGUUUGGUCAGAGUAUGAGGUAAAAGAGUGGAUUACAUAUGGAGAAGAGAAAAAGAGAAAACGUGUGUCAUUUAUCGUCGAUUUUAAUGGCGAGACCAAUGAAGCCAAUUGUAAUUGUCGAUUGUUUGAAUUUAAAGGAAUGGUGUGUAGACAUCAAUUGAUAGUAUUCCAUGAUAGGGGAAUUCAAAGAGUACCUAAUAAGUAUGUCUUGAAAAGAUGGAGAAAAGAUGUGAAGAUGGUCCACACCAAAAUUCGAAUCAACUACGAUAACUCAUCAAGGACAAUUCAAGCACGUCGGUAUGACAACAUGUGCAAUCUCUUUAAUGAGGUUGCCGAUUUGGCGGAAGAUUGUGAAGAGAAAUAUGCUAAGGUGAUGGGACGGCUACGGGAGCUAAAACAAGAAUUACUUGAAUCUUCGGUUGUUUGUGGAAGUAAUAUAGUUUUCGGUACUCCUAAUGAUUCCUUUUCAUUUGGAGAUGAAAUUCUAGGUUCCAAAGAGAGUAAGAUCAUCCUUGACUCGGAACCUCUUCGUCGAAAAGGGAGACCGCCGUCUAAAAGAAAGCAAGGUUUUGUUGAAAAAAUUGGUAAGAAGAAAAGAGAACCAAAAAAGAAGACAUUGUCUAAUGAAAAAACGAAGGAGAUUGAGAAUAUUGCGGAUGGCCAUGUGUUUGGGACACAAGAGAGUGUUGGAAAUGUAAAUGUAAGAAACUUUUCUUUUUGCUAAGUUCGUACUAUAAUACCUUUAUUGUGUUUCAUGUUAAACUUGAUUGCUUUUUGCCAGAGUUACC